AUGCCACAGUCGGAGUUUUCGGAGACCAAGUCGAACAAGUCACAUAUCUUGGUGAUACCAUAUCCAGCACCAGGCCACUUGCUCCCUCUAAUGGAACUAACCUACCAACUAGCACUUCAUGACUUAGCCAUUACAAUAGUUAUCACACCCAAAAACCUUCCCAUUCUUCAACCUCUUCUCUCUCUUUGUCCUUCUAUCCAAACCUUAAUUCUUCCAUUCCCUGCCCACCCGGCGGUCCCUGUCGGCGUGGAAAACAUGCAAGAACUCCCCAUAUCUUUCCUCCCAAACAUCUUAUCCGCUUUGUCCCAACUCCAUGACCCUGUUCUUCAAUGGCUUCAGUCCCAUCCUUCUCCUCCAACGGCCAUAAUCUCUGACUUGUUCCUCGGUACUUGGACGUACCCUUUGGCUCUCCGUCUCGGUAUUCGAAGGCUAGGGUUCGCUCCCGUCCACGCUCACACUUUGUAUGGAUGGUGGAGUAGCGUGGAGAAGAAAUACCAUGAAUUGAAGAAGAUGGAAGAUUACGUGCUAGAGAGUCAUGCUGCUAAUAUGGCCAGUUGGGGUGUAAUUCUCAACACAUUUUCUGACUUGGAGGGCGAGUUAUUGAGCCUCUUGAAGAAAAAGAUUUUGGGCCAUGACAGGGUCUGGGCUGUUGGUCCAUUACUCUCCUUCCCAGUCAAGACAGAUCCUAAUAUCUCUACAAACAAGGUUAUGGCUUGGUUGGAUAUGUGCAAAGUAGAUAACUCAGUUGUUUACGUUGGUUUCGGAAGCCAAAUCACUUUGAACGGAGCUCAAAUGGAGGCUCUAGCAAAUGCACUUUAUAAGAGUGGGGUUCAGUUCAUUUGGGCCGUGAAAGAGCCCAUGAAGGGAGCUCAAAAGAAAGAAAGUGACAACAGUGUGGUCCCCACAUGGUUCGAAGAUCGUACGGCCGGUAAGGGUCUAGUACUUAGAGGAUGGGUCCCACAAGCGGCGAUCUUAGGGCAUGGCGCUGUGGGUACGUACUUGACACAUUGUGGUUGGAACUCGAUGCUGGAAGGACUUCUUUCGGGUGUACUAAUGCUUGCAUGGCCUAUGCAAGCUGAUCACUACGAGAACGCGGAGCUAAUGGUCGAUGAGCUUAAUGCGGCGGUUCGUGUCUGCGAGGGUUUGGACAUCGUGCCGGACCCUACCAAGUUGGCAAAAGUGUUGGCAGAGUCAGUUGGUCAAACUCAGGUUCAGAGAGCUCGUGCUUUGGAGUUGGGAAACAUAGGUUUGAGAUCAAUUAAGCCAGGUGGGAGUUCUCAUAUCGAGUUGGAAGCACUGGUCAAAGACUUGUCUCUUGAAAUGAAAUUGGAACUAGAGUAG